AUGCCUGAAAUUGGACAAAGAUUAGAAAAUGAUGAAUUAAUUCCAUCAUUUGGUUAUGAUCUUGCUAAACAUUGUUUAAAACGAAAUGAUACACUUAUUGCUUAUCCUAUUGAAAUAUGUAUUAGACUUUUAGAAAAUAGUUUAAAUGAACAAGGUCUUUUUCGUAUUGCACCAUCACAAGGAAAACAAAAACAAAUUACAAGUACACUUAAACAAUAUUUAAGAGAACUUCCUGAUUGUUUACUUACAAAUGCACUUUUAUCACAAUGGAAUGAUGUUAUUUCAAUCAGGUUUUUAUCUUUUUUCUUUUAAGAGAAAAAUAAAAGAUAUAUUGAUUUAGUUUUUUUUUUGAAAAUAAUUGAUACUAAUCAAUCUAUCUCAACAAAAAUUUCGUUUAAUUCAUAUAUUAUAUUUAAAAAUAAAUAAAGAAACAUUUGAAAAUUGAAAUAGUUAAGAUUAUAUUGAAAUCAAUUUAAAUCAGAGAUGGGCAGGCUCCGAUCGCUCCACCCGCUCCAGAGCACUUUUCGGUCGGAGCGCUAAUGUAUGUAACUGAAGCGGUGACAAACACAGGUUGGAAUUCGACUUUGCUCCGAGGGUUCUGGUCGGAGCG